CCCCCUCCCCCCCCGCCACCGACGCGCCUUGCUAAACCAACCUCCCCCCCCAGGACGUGAGCUGCAAUGAACUCCAGUCCCUGCCGGCCAGCAUGGGCCGGCUGGGGUCCCUGCGAGACCUGAGUGUGCGGAGGAACCAGCUAACUGCCCUGCCUGAAGAGCUGUCGGAACUGCCCCUGGUCCGCCUGGAUUUCUCCUGCAACCGGGUCGCCCGCAUCCCCGUCUGCUACCGGCACCUCCGGCAUCUGCAGACCAUCCUGCUGGACAAUAACCCCCUCCAGUCGCCGCCUGCGCAGAUCUGCCUGAAAGGCAAAAUCCACAUCUUCAAAUACCUCAACCUGGAAGCCUGCAGCAAAACGGGGCCUGACCUGGCCGACUUCGCCCGGGCCAGCCGGCCCACCGGCUUCGGCACCUGCCUCUCCGACGAGUUCUACCCUGGCCGGCAGUACGGCGGCUUGGAUUCGGGCUUCAACAGCGUCGACAGCGGCAGCAAGCGGUGGUCUGGGAACGAGUCCACAGACGAGUUCUCCGACCUGUCGUUCCGCAUCGCAGAGCUGGUGCGUGAUCCCCGCCAGCUGAAGGAGAAGCGGGACCGGGCAGCCAACGGAGAGCUGGAGCAGAUCGACUUCAUCGACAGCAGCGUGGAGGAGGAGGAGGCGGGCAAGCUGGAGAGCAGCUCGCAGGCCGCGGCCCCGACGGAGGAGAAGCGGAAAGCAGAGAGGAGCCUUCCCCAGAGAGCCGAUGUCGGGGAGAAGGUGUCGAACAGCAGGUGAGCAGCAGCUGGUUAGCGCCUGUUGUGUGACAGGCGAGGGGUCCCCAUAUAACUGGCCGCCCCGCCCCAGAGGUGG